GUGUGUGUGUGUGUGUGUGUGUGUGUGUGUGUGAGAGAAAAUGCGUGAGUGUGAGACAGUUUAUGUUUAUGAAAGUCUGUGUGAAAGAGAAUGUGUGUAUGAGAGAGAGUGUGUGAGAGAGAGAGAGAGAGAGAGAGAGAGAGAGAGAGAGAGAGAGAGUGUGUGUGUGUGUGUGUGCAUAUGUAAGUAUGUUUGAGAGCGAGAGUGUGUGAGUGAGAGAGAGAGACACACACACACACACACGUGCACUUCCCCCUGUGCUCGGUACUUCACACUGAGUAUGGCGCGGCUCGGAGGCGCGUCCACACGGUUGUAGCGUCUCUCUGUCCCCGGACCUGAGUCUCUCUGUCCCCGGUCUGAAGCGGAUUGUUUGCGAUGUGACCGCCGCCGCCGUGUCAUUCUGUAUAACGGCACUUUUCUCCCUCACCGGUACCUGCGGAAACACUGCUCUCUAAGUUCACACUGGCCCCUUUUGCACUAGUUGAAACUCCAGCCACUAAUAAGGAUGAUUGAGGACGGAGGGAGGAGAGGAAGGACGAUGGUCGACAAAAAGCAGAUCUUCACCGAGAUGAAAGAGCAGAAUUUUGACCUGAUCCGGCUCUCUACGUAUCGCACGGCCUGCAAACUCCGCUUCGUCCAGAAGAAAUGCAACUUGCACCUGGUGGACGUGUGGAACAUGAUCGAGGCGUUUCGGGACAACGGCCUGAACACGUUGGAGCACAGCACCGAGCUGAGCGUGUCCCGGCUGGAAACCAUCGUCUCGUCCGUCUUCUACCAACUCAACAAGCGUCUGCCCACCACCUACCAGAUCAACGUCCAGCAGAGCAUCAACCUCCUGCUCAACUUCCUGCUGGCUGCUCACGACAGUGAAGGCCAGGGCAGCGUGACGGUGUUCUCCGUGAAGGUCAUGCUAGCUUUACUGUGCGGAGGGAAGAUCGUGGAUAAACUGCGCUAUAUUUUUUCUCAGAUCUCCGACUCUCAAGGAGCGAUGACUCUGCCGAAGUUUGAUCUCUUCCUGACUGAGGCACUGAAGCUGCCGUCCGCUGUGUUCGAAGCUCCGUCCUUUGGCUACACGCAACGAUUCGCCCGCUCCUGCUUCCCACAGCAGAAGAAGGUGAUGUUGAACACAUUUCUGGACACGUUGAUGGCUGAUUCUCCUCCCCAGUGUCUUAUUUGGUUGCCCCUCUUACACCGCCUGGCAAACGUAGAGAACGUCUUCCACCCGGUCAGCUGUUCAUACUGUCGCAGUGAGAGCAUGGUUGGUUUUCGGUAUCGCUGUCAGCAGUGCUUCAACUACCAGCUGUGCCAGACGUGCUUCUGGCGUGGCCAUGCCAGCGGUAACCAUAGCAACCAGCACCAAAUGAAGGAGCACUCAUCCUGGAAAUCUCCUGCUAAGAAGUUGGGUCGUGCCAUCAGUAAAUCAUUUGGGUGUGUCCCGAGCCGAGAACCCCCUCACCCCGUCUACCCAGAGGACCCAGAGAGACCCCUGGACCUUUCCAACAUUGUUGCCCUUGACAGUCCCAGCCGAACAGAUGAGGAACACAAGCUAAUCGCACGGUACUCAGCUCGGUUAGCUUUGGAGCCUUGCAGCAAUGAUAGAUCUCCACAGCUGGACUUGGACAGUAACAGGAGGCAGCGGCAGCUCAUUGCAGAACUCGAAGCCAAGAACAGGGAAAUAUUGCAGGAGAUCCAACAGCUGCGUUUGGAGCACGAGCAGGCGUCCCAGCCCACCCCAGAGAAAGCUCAGCAGAACCCCACACUGCUGGCUGAACUGCGGCUGCUCAGGCAGAGGAAGGAUGAGCUGGAACAAAGGAUGUCUGCUCUGCAGGAGAGCAGGAGAGAGCUCAUGGUGCAGCUAGAGGGACUGAUGAAACUACUGAAGGAAGAAGAGCAGAAACAAGCCGCCCAGGCAGCAGGCACUCCUCAGUCCUCUCCCAGCCACCUCACCUCUCGUCCAAUCCCCAUGCCGGUCCGCUCCACGGGCUCCACGCCCACUCACACAGGCCACGCCCCCUCCAAUGCCCCCCAGGACUCUUUGGCAGGAGUGGGCGGAGACGUACGGGAGGCUUUCGCUCACGGAGCACGCAGAAACCUGCGGAAUGAUCUUCUGGUGGCAGCUGAUUCCAUCACCAACACCAUGUCCAGUUUAGUCAAAGAGCUGCACACUGAUGAAGACGUAAUGGAGGAAGAACAGAGACUGCGGAAUGGAAGAGACAGAGGUGCGGCAGUAGGACAGGUGAGAACGACAACUCUGCAGACUCCGCCCAGAGAAUCCAAGCGUCCGGUUCACAGCCUGCUCUCGUGACGAUGAAGAGGAGCCCGGCGGAGACACGAGCUUCCAGGAGCCACUGUUUAGAACGAAACGAUUUUUUUUUCUCCCCCCUUUUUAUUUAGUCGUGUUUAGUUUCGGUUUGUGUUUGUACGAUUAAUAAGCUCAGUUUGAAAUCAUAUUGGUUGAAAGCUAGAUAAAUAAAAAUAAACGAAAAAACUACUGAGAACGAGGAGGCGCUAAUCGAGGGACGGAACAGAGACUUUGAAUUGUUUAUAGUUUUAUGGGAUGUAUAAAGAAGGAUGAAGGGAAGUGAGAAAAGGAGAGACAAAAGGUGAUGAUGAAAGAGAAAGUGAGGAGGGAAUCACGCAGGUCGCUGAAACACGGUUAAUGAAAGGAUUCGUUUGCGCCGUUAAUUUAUUAUUUUUUAUUUAUUUUCCUCAGUCGGCUUCGAAGCUCCCGCAGGCGUACGCACCUAACCAGAGGUUCGCGAUCGUAAAUCUCCAGGCAGAAAAAAUAUCGAGGGUCUGGCGGACUCGGACUCACUUUUAACGCGUUUACGUUACUUGAAAACCGCGUCCGAUCGAGUGGCAGCUAUUUUUGGUGGUGCUGAAGACUACUAGACUACGAAGUCGCGAUUUUGGUUCGGUUUCCUGUGGAGAAACACAUUUCUAACAUAUGGUGGUUUUUCCAAAAACUGCCAAAUCCAUCGCAUUACGCAACCCGAGUAGUUUAGGUGGUAAGGGGCCUUGCUCAAGGGCCUGGCAGGAACAGUGGCAGCUUGGAGGUGCUGGGAUUCGAAGUCGCGGCCUUCUAAACAGCGUUCUUUGGUCCCUUUUCUGCAGUUUUGCAGAUCGGAUUCACGUCUGGUGGCGAGUUGAGUCCGAGUCCAGUCUUGUUCUCCAGUCUCGCCUCCAAAGCCCCACCUCCAAAGCCCUAACUCCAAAGCCUCGCCUCCAGAGCCCUAACUCUAAAACCCCACCUCCAAAGCUCUUCCUCCUAAAGCCCUGCCUUAAAAAAGCCCCGCCUCCAACCCCCUUCUUCCCAAACCCCAGCCUCCAAUGCCCCGCCCUCAAAGCUAAUGUUCCAGGAUGGGAAAAAUACAAAUAGCCUUCUAUUGACGUCGCUCCAGUUUUUUUAGAAGAAACUCCAGGAAAACUCUUCGGAAGUCUUGAAUUCGCUGCCUGCGUCUGCCGUUUGCAAAAUCGGGCUUUUGAAGUAUCGGAUCGUGGAUUCGUCCGUUAUUUUCUGUUUGUUUUUUCCUCUUGAAAGUGUGUGUAAAUUAUAAAAAAAGUUACAGAUGAUUUAGUUUUUAUAGAACUCGUUUUAGGUACAGGAAACGGAAACGGAAAAGGGCUGUCGAACGACUGAAAUGUGCGCGUACUAAGUCCUGGAGACGUUACCCACGAUGCCUCGCGGCGUAGGUUUUAUUUUUAUUUAAACACUGUUUGUAGUAAAGUGUGUGCAAACAAAAACACACACACACGCAAAUAUAUCUGACCUGCUGUGCUGUGUACUUACUUAAAGUGUGUGUGUGUGUGUGUGUGUGUAUAUAUAUAUAUAUAUAUAUAAUACUGGAUUGCCACUAUAAUGAAACUGCCUUUUAUGAAUCUCAAAACAAUUUGCGGGAAAUGUUUGUAUUUUGUAUUUUUCCCGAAACAUGCGCAAUUGCACCCCCUAUCUUUUCAGGGGGGUGACGCGUCUCAAAUCCCACUGUACUUUUGGCCAAACGGCGUAUUUGUAUGCUCAUACGAAGUUUCAGUUCGUGCUUUUAAUUUGUAAUAGGAUAAGGAAAAAUAGUUUCUAGAAAAAAAACGAAGUCGGAAUUCCGCUCGAUCGGAAAAAGUGCCUCAAAGUGUAAAACGAUGCGAAAUGAGUGUACAACAAAAAAGAGGGAUGAGUGACUGCAGUCUGGUUUGGAGAGACAUCUGAAGAUGUAAGGGUUUUUUUUGUCUUCUUUAUUCAUAUACUAUUCGUAUGUCUGGUUGCCAUUAAUGCACAAAUCCCUCGUCGUGUUCCUGGUGAAACGGAAAACUCGUUCGUUUUAUCUUUAGAGUGCUUUUAUAAUAAAUGGAGUGUUCCUUUCGCGCGUGUGUGUGUGUGUGUGUGGGGCAGGUUCGGGGGGGGCUCAUGGUGCCGGUAACCAUCAGGUUUUAUUUUUAAGUCCUCGUCCUCCUCGGGUCAUGUGACCGGCAUCCAGACUGUGUUUCAUAUCAGGCGAAUCAAAUCAGUGUCCGAUUUUUCAAAUGUAUUAAAUAAAGUGCUAUUUUUUCGAAUUUAAA